AUGUGCCCACGCAAAUCCUUGCUCACCUCCAACAUGGUUAUGCCUCACAUUUUCAUCUUGGAUGCAACAAGUUGUUCUUCAAAUGCUCCUCUUCAACGACGUUAUUAUGGGGACAUGUACAAUUCUGCAUCAGAAAAAGGUCUCUGUAAACUUCCUCCUCUUGAAGAAGGUGAUUCCCGAAUGACACUUGUUUUGGAUUUGGAUCAAACGUUGACCACUGUUGAAACAUCAAACCGGAUUGAUUUUAAAUCCAUUGGAGUGGAGACUUUUGAUAUUUUAGAUUCAUAUACUGUUGCCAAACGUCCUGGUGUGGAUCAGUUUUUAUUGGAAAUGUUAAAGUACUUUGAAAUUGUUUUACUCACCAGCAGUGUACAAUAUUAUGCUGACAGUAUUUUGAAUCAAUUACCUGAUGUUUUCAGUCAUCGAUUGUAUCGUCAUCACAUUUAUGACAGCAAGAACGUUUCAGAAUUGAACAGAGAUUUAAACAAGGUUGUCUUCAUGGAUGACUCUGAAUACUAUUUGAAGGACAAUCCUUUCAACAUGAUGUGUGUGAAGGAGUUUAUGGCAAAGUCGGUCGAUUGUGCAAAGGAUAAAGAAUUGGAAGAAAUGGCAGUGGUUUUGAAGAGAAUUGUAGAAAAGGGAUCUGUCUUUGAGGAGGUCGGGGUCCGCCUUCUUCAAAAGGAAUGGGCUUAUGCCGGAAGUAUUGAAUGA